AUAAAUAUGUACAUUUGCCGUCGGCAGUUCCCACUCACAAUACAAAUUCCAUUUUAGUGCAACUGCCAGUUUAUGUCUGCCACUUUGUGCCACUUCACUCACUAGCAAAUGUGGCAAGUAGUGUGCACUAGACAAUUUCGGCUCACAAUCUAUAAUUAAACCGUCUCUUUACCUUGAAAUUCACUUUUUAAAAUGGCUCAAACACACGAAUUUAAGGUCGCAAUGAGUUGCGAUGGUUGUUCGGGGGCUGUGGAGCGUGUUCUGAACAAACACAAAGAUAAGGGAAUUGAAAAUGUAGUUUGUGACUUGAAAGAGCAGACAGUCACAGUGAAAACAACAAUGACUUCUGAGGAGGUGUUGGAACUGAUCAAGAAGACUGGAAAAGCAUGUGAAUAUCUUAAGACAACAUAAAAUUCCAUGUCAAUCUGAUACAUCCAAUGAGGCAGCUGAAGCUAUCAACUAUUUCCUAUAAAAUGCAAUCAAUUAUAUGCAGAACUUUAUUUUCACAUUAAAUUAAAGAUUUAAAUAAAAUUAUUAUAGAGCAUAAA